AACAGUAUCCCACCUAAUUUCUCCUGAGGGAACCAACUAAUGUAACCUAUAAAAGAGUGCAGAAGUAGCUAGGCCUAUGAUACUUUGGAAAAUACUGCAGACAGGAUAGACAUUCAACAUCUUGUAGGGUACCCUCUACAUGCUUACAAACAUUAAGAUCCAAUUUUUAGUUCCUAUGCAAACUGUGUCUCAUGUAGUCUGUGUAGGUGUGGGACAAGGUCUCUGUAUUACAUGUAUGCUGAAAGGAAGAUAUCUUUUUGUUCUGUGAAUUAAUGAUUAAUGGUGGAAUUUGACCAGAAAUGUGGCCACAAAAUCUGUCUUAAUGUGGCUUCAAAGACUGUAAUAUUCUUAGCAUUGGCAUAGAGAAUUCAGGAUUUUGUUCUUCCAAUCCCUAAGCAAAAACUAUUUUCUCUAGUUUACAGAUGCAUUUUUCUACUCAGUCAUUUUGUACUUCAUCCAUGUAAACCUCAUUUCCUAAUUUAAAUGCGUAAUAGGCACAGUUUCAAUAACUAAUUUAUGUACGUUUCUUCACAAAAGUCAAGUAGGGUAACAUUUCCCCACAGAAGGUGUAUAAAAAAUCUGUAAAAUACAUGUAACACAAUUGCAUCAAAUAUACAGAAUUACUGAGCUAUUCAUUGUACAUACUUAUGUUUUCAUUCUUAAAGGAAACAAAAGAACUCAAACAUUAUUGUUUUUAUGCAAAGGAGACACAUUCAUUCUCAUCCUUUUAAAUUAAUGUUCAGCACACUUAAAUGUAAAUGAAUAAUUUACAACUCUGUAAUUAUAUUAAAAUCUCUGAGGGAAGGGAAGCAAUACCUCUGUUUUUCUUCCAGUUAUUUUUAAUGGAGUCUGUAGCUGUUAUGGCAGAUGUUACCCUUUGAAUAUCACUAUUGUUCCGAUAUCCCUACCUAAUUUACAGAAAAAUUGAAAUCGAAAUAAUGGGGUGUGAAUUUCCCCAUUCAUUUCAGUUAGGCAUGAAGUGUUAAUGCCAGUUUAAAAUUAGCUUUAAAAAUUAGUACUGAUAAUUAUGGGAGGACACAUCUUCUCUUUUCUUCCAAACUAAAUAUAAUUGUGUAAAGUCUGUGUGGAUAAAAUGAAAAACCAUGCUAAGCAUGUAGAAGAUUUGUAUGUUAAGGUCUUUAAAAACAUAUUGUAGGAUGUGUUGGGGAGAUCAUAACUGGUUUAUUGCAUCCAUUUAGCUUGAAGACAGACUCAACUUUUGUCAAUUUGGGAUCUGUUAGGUAAUGUGUAAAAAGACCAUAAGAUCAUGAAUCAUUGACAAAAUAUAGUUUUUUACAUUUGUAAGGUAUCUAAGAUCUUCAUUUGGAGCUGUAAAUUCAGUGAGUGAUGGACUGGACUGUAAACACAAACAGAAAUAAAUUCUCCUCUGUCUCUAUAUCCAUAAAUUCCCUUCCUCUUUUUAAACAACUGCUGUAGUCCCAGAUUUAAUUAGAACAGUGAUUAAAGUAUCUGUAACUGCAUGCUCAAGCACACUCCUUAACAGCAGAAAUGCAUGCCUGUCAUAUUUUUGCAAACCUGUUGCUUUCCCUUAGAAGCAGGCAAGCCCAGGGACUGGACUGAAACAUUAUGUUCAAUGUCCAAGGAGAGCAUGAGCAGGUAUUUCUAAAAGCUGUGUGUAUGGAGUACAUGCUUAUUCUUAUUGCAAGAAGCACAGUAUUUUUCCUGUUGCCAAUGUACAAAACCAGGACUGGAAUUUUCAGUGUUGCGCAAUGUGGUACUUAUGCUGUGAGCUUGAUUGAUAGGUAUUUGCAAUGCCAGGGUUUCUUCUUUUUUUUUUUUUUUUUAAUGUUGCUUAUAUGUGUGCUAAUGGUUGUCUGCAAGCUACACCGCUUGCUUAAUCAAGAUCCUGCUUUGAUGCAGAAAUGAGACAUUCCGUAUUUCUGCGUCUGUUUUGUACCACUGGGCAGCAGUGGGAACUGUGUCAGUAAUUUCAGAGGCAAGGGAAUUAGGACCUGUAGAACAAUGUAAGUUUUAUUGAAUACUGAAUAAUGUUUCUUAGCAAGGCAAAAUAACUCUUCUCUUACUUUCAUUAAUCUUCUGUUUUCUUUGCCUUUGUCCCCAGCUUUUAUCCUCUUAUUUUCAUAAUCAUGAGAAGCCAAAUUAAUCUCGGGUAUAAGACUGCCAAACCAGCUUUGAAUUUGACUGUUCUGACUCUUUAUACUUCUAGCUCAGCAGCAAGGGCCAGAGACUAGCUAGAUCUUAUCAGCUGAGAUAUUGGGUGGCUCAUUAGUUAGACAGCUCCAUCUCCCAUUCAGCCUCAGAUGCCCACAUGUAAAGACACAUCUACUCGUAUCAUGCCUGGUAUCCAUUCACUCAUGACUCACUUUAUUUUCUUUUUGUAUUAGGUAUGCCACAGGUCAUAUGCUUUGCUUCCAAUAAAAAUCACUUACUCCAUCUGUAAGUAACUGCAUAAUCAAAUCCUGAGAGAGUAGGAGGAAAGGGACCCAGAAGAGCACUCUUCCCCUCAGAGAAGUAAAGCAAUAAAAAUAGGUGGCAAAAGAGCCAGUGAAACUGUGGAGAGAAAAAGAAAAAUUUCCAGAGUGUAAGACUGCAAACUGAGAAAUGACAGUAGUUUUAAAAUGGUGGAGAGAAGUUAAAAUAAUAAAGUGGUAGAUCCAGAGGGGAAAACUAGAAGAUCAGAGUCAGGAUCAAUGGAAACAAAUGAUAAGCGGAAAAAGCAAAACAUGCAAAACAUUCCCAUCUGUCAGCCAGAACAAACCAUCAGGGUAACAACUUGACAUGCUUUUCUGAUUUUUGAAGGAAGGAAAAUGGCAGCAGAAAUAGUGAGGAGGACAAUUUAAAAACCUGAUAGUGCAAAUUAAAGGCUUCUCUUCAGGAGUUUCUGAAAUAAUCCAAGUUUUGCUGUUCUAAUUGUAAACAGGACAAUAUAAGUUUGCUUUCAAAUGAGAGCAAGCAUAGUUUAAUUUAUAUGUAUUUGCAUUGCAUAUGUGGUGUAUGAUGGCUUUGUUUUAAUAAUAUUCUGUCUUUAUAGAAUUCUUUUAAUUGUUCUUUAGUAGCCAGGUAGAUUGCAAUGCAGUAUCUUGUCAAAGAGAUGGCAACUCUCUGCACUGCUGCUCUAGUGGAGGUGGAGUAAAUCCUGAGGAGUCCCAACCUUGUACUGACAACGGAGCUCUUUACUGACCACAGAGCGUAGGUACUCUUCUUUACCUCAACAAGAGUUUGUAUUUCUGGAGCAGGCCAGUCUAGUGUGUAACCUUGCUGUCCCCUGCAUAGUUUUGUAUACAUGCCAGUAACAAAACAUAGGAUUGCAACAUCCGGGUCACUCCCCUGUCCUCAUCCAUGGAGCAAGAAAAUCUCUUUAUGCUGAAAAGCAGCAAAAACAUCCAGCAAAAACAUUCAGCUUCAAACUCAGAUGCCUGGACUUCAGAGUCUUUGAUGAUGCCUAUGCCUCAGUUCCCAUUAUAGUUACUGGAGCCUACUCAGUUCACCAUGUGCAUUUAAUUUAGGAAGAGCUGAACAGCUCUCUAGACUGAAGUCUAGACUCUAAGCUUACCUGCUGAAGAUCUUGAUUGACUACGAUGGGAGUGCAGACACCUUGCUGAUGUAUGGACACCUGCGUGUAGGAGUCUGAAUCUGCAAGCUAACAUCCUGCUCUUGAGGUGAUAUAGCCUGGGCAGAGCCCUGGGGAGUCCCUCAGGAGCAGGCUGGGUGGAUGCACAAUGUGCCUGGCAGCCUGGGCUCCACCUGCCCACCCAAGCCCUAACACUACUGUCCUGCAUGAGGAGGCUGCAUGGCCACCACCAGUGGUCAGCAGGCUGGUGAGCUUGAUGGGUUUGGUCUUGUUCUGGGAUCAAGUGUAAGGUAUCUUGUAUAGUGAAAAACUCAGCAGGUGCCAUUUUACUCAGGACUGGUGGAUGUUUUCUCUACAAUGGGCAAACAUACUGUCUGAAGACCCUGUUUUAUAACACCUGCAUGCAAAACAUCCCACUAUCAUUCACCAGACCUUUACAAUUCUGCUAAAUUAUUCUGGGCCAUUUGGAAUGAAAAAAAUAAACUAAAAAAAGAAAUAAAAGGUUUGGUUGUUUAUUCUUACAAGGAAAAAUUAUAAAAUCCAUGACUGUUAUUUAACAUCCAGUUCACUGUAGUUCUUUGGCAGUGCUCCCUCCUGUAUUUCCUGACCAUGUUACUGCAAACAAGCUUUUUGGAGGGGUGACAGCUGACACAGGGAGUUUGAAAUGCAGCUGAGACUGGAAGAGUUCCUUUUUGUGUUUAUGAUUGAGAGGCUGAGAAAGGCCGCUCUAGGGGAUUUACUUCCAGCAGCAGCAGCACAUGAUCCGUCAAUCGCGUGAUUCUCACCACCAAGGACUAAUGGGGAGGGUGAAGAAAAAGUGAACGCUGCUUUGGGGAAGCAACAGCAUUUUCUUCUGCUCGUGGGGACCCUCCAUCAGCCAGACGCUUCAUGGCUUCUCCCAGGUUAGAAACCUACUGCUGCCCGAACCAGGAUGCAGCUACACAGCUAGUGAUGAACUUCCAGCCUGAAGUCUUCUGUGGAGUUUGCAUUGGCAGCUCCUCCAUCAGUCUGCUACUGACCGUCCUGCAGCUUCUGCCGAAGAAGGGACAGAGCCCACGGAAGAUGCCCAAAGCCUCCUCCUCUUCCACCAUCCUUCUCCUUAUCUCCAUUUGUGACAUCCUUGGUAGCUUAGGUAUGAUCUUCAGAUCAAGUGUAUGGCUAGGCUUCCCAGGUUUCAUAGCUAACAUUUCUGUGGUGAACGGGACCAGCGUGUGGCCUUCUGUUUUCUGCGUGGGGAGUGCGAUGUGGAUCCAGCUAUUAUAUAGUGCUGGCUUCUGGUGGUUGUUUUGCUAUGCUGUUGAUUCUUAUCUGGUGGUAAGAAGAUCAGCAGGACUGAGUACAAUUGUGCUGUACCACAUGAUGACAUGGGGCCUCGCGGUGAUGCUCUGUGUGGAGGGAAUUACACUGCUUUACUACCCUUCUCUCUCCAGCUGUGAAAAUGGCUUGGAGCAUGCAAUCCCACACUACAUCACAACCUACGCCCCACUCCUGCUAGUGCUGGUGGUCAACCCAAUCCUGUUCAGGAGGACAGUAUCAGCAGUUGCCUCCUUACUGAAAGGGAGACAAGGAAUUUACACAGAGAAUGAAAGACGUCUGGGGACAGAGAUCCAGAUCCGCUUCUUCAAAAUUAUGCUGGUAUUCGUUAUUUGCUGGUCAUCCAAUAUCAUCAACGAGAGCCUUUUGUUCUAUCUUGAAAUGCAGCCAGAUAUCAAUGAAAAUCCCCUGAAAAACAUCAGAAGUGCUGCACUGAUCACGUGGAUUAUUAUGGCGGUUCUUAAUCCAAUGCAAGGCUUCCUCUUCACGUUAGCAUUCUAUGGCUGGACAGGAUGGAAGGUGGACCUAAAAUGGCGAAAAAGAGAAAUACCCUGGGAAUCAAUGUCCUCAUCCACUGUGGGUGAAAAUACCUAUCCCUCACCGGUGAACUACCAGAACAACAUCCAUGAUUCAAAGAAGAUAGCAGCAACUGAGAGCCAACAGACUGAUGAGGCUAUAAGCAUGAUGUCUGAAGGUAACAGUAGCAGUGACGACAGAUUAACUAGGAGCUCUCCCAUCUACCAGGGCUGGUAGUUUAUAAGUACAGAGCUGGAUCCCACUUCUGACAUUCCCAUGUCAUUGUGUGAAACUGUUGCAUGCUCUGGAAUUAGGUUUGUGCCCAAUGGCUUGAUGUCAUUUCCUAUAACUUGUAUGUGAGAGAAAGAGGGAGCAUGCGAGGCCAAGAUAUUAUGGUUUAUAUUUUCAUUUGCCUUACAGGAUAUGUGUUAACAGGUAUAAAGGCUUGAUCCUUUUUCAUCGGGAGUGUAUCUCUGCAAAGAUCAAUGUUACUUAUGAUUGAUUUUCAUCCAUUUUGUUUUAAUCUCUCUUGUAACUUCCAUGUGGUAGAAGAGUCUUUUGUUUAAAUAAAUAGACUAUUAAUAUGCUGAGAUUUAAA